AUGGCGGCUGACCCGGUCUCCGUUCCUGCGCAAACCCUGAAAGACAAAGACCCUGCGGUCGUCAAUGCCUCCGGCCACCAGCAGGAGCUGCAGCGCAAUUUCAGUCUUCUCAGUAUUUGUGCGAUUGCAAUCACUACGGGAAACUCAUGGAUUGCUCAAGGUGGCAGUGUGAAAGUAGCCAUCUACAAUGGCGGCCCUUGUGGUGUUAUUUAUGAGUUCAUCGCCGUAUCGGUAUGCUACUGGCUUGUCGCCGCAUCAAUUGCCGAGCUUUCUUCCGCGAUCCCUUCUGCUGCUGGCGUCUAUCACUGGGCUACGGUCACUGCCGGUCGGGGCGGCCGUGUGUGCGGCUGGUUCGCCGGCUAUUGGAAUACGCUGGCCUGGAUUUUCGGCGCAGCUUCCAUGUCGUCCAUUCUUGGAAACCAGGUUGUGUCCAUGUACGGUCUCUUUCACCCGGGAUAUACGGCAAAGGCAUGGCAUGUCUUUGUGACUUAUAUCAUUAUUACGUGGAUUUGCUGCUUGACCGUGCUCUUUGGCAACCGCGGACUGCCGGCUAUCGGUAACGUCGGGGGAUUCUUGAUCUUGGGAGGCGUCUUCGUCACGAUUUUAGUUUGUGCUAUUAUGCCGCAUGUCAAUGGCACCGGAUAUGGGACCAAUUCGUUUGUGUGGAGCGAGUGGCAAAAUAUGACUGGCUACUCGAGCAACGGAUUUGUGUUUGUCGCGGGUAUGCUCAACGGAGCGUAUAGCGUCGGUACGCCUGAUCUGUCGUCGCAUUUGGCAGAGGAAAUCCCGAGUCCCCGGACAAACGUGCCCAAGGCGAUUGCAGCACAGAUGAGCAUCGGCUUCAUCACUGGGCUGCUUUAUAUGAUCCCGCUUCUGUACAGCAUUCAAGACAUUGACGCGGUGCUCAACAGCAAUUUCAAUUUUCCUCUGGCGGAAAUCUACCACCAAGCAACGGGUACACGAGGCGGUGCAUUCGGUCUUCUCCUUGUCGCGUUUUUGCCAACGCUCAUUACCUGUAUUGGAUGCUACACGACCGCGGGCCGCACGCUGUGGACGCUGGCCAGAGACAAUGCCGCCCCUUUCAGCUCAUGGACGGGAAAAAUUCACAAUGUGCACGAGAACCCCUUCAAUGCGACGCUGGUCUGCGGCGCUUUGGUUACGAUCCUGGGCUGCAUCUACGUCGGCAGCACCACUGCGUUCAACGCCUUUGUCGGAUCGUUCGUGCAGCUCUCAACUCUUUCAUACCUCGCCGCUAUUCUGCCCAAUCUUCUCACUGGCCGAUCAAAUGUUCGGGCUGGGCCAUUCUUUAUGCGUGGAAUCACGGGGUUCGUAGUCAAUGCGCUUGCCUGCAUCUACAUGGCUGCUUUUAUUGUUAUUUUCUGUUUCCCGUAUGCGCUCCCGACAGAGGCCGCGUCGAUGAAUUACACCAGUCUGAUCACAGGUGGAUUGACCAUCUUUGUCGCUCUUUGGUGGCUUGUUCGCCAGCGGAAUUACCGUGGCCCGCCACGAGUAGGCAUCCUCGGCGACGAAAUGAUGGUUGAGGACGAGCGCAAAACCACAGAUGCAUAA